AGUCUCUGAUCACUCUCUGAUGCUACAACAAUCUCCUGUCUUCCCACCAACCAAAACCCAGAUAAACCACCCAGAGAUCAUCAUUUGGCUCAACCAAAACCGCCCAGAAUUCCGUCUCUAAGUUGCUAUAAAUCCCCACUUCCUUCACGACCCAUUUCAACGUCUAUCAUUCUCUGCUCCUUCUCCUUUUUAAGGGAAAGAAAAUGGGUUUUGUUCAGGUCAAGCUUUUUGUAGCUCUUCAGCUCUCACUUCUUUUGGUGGCCUCUCUUACUGUUUCAGCUGGCCAUCAAGUCGAUGAAGUGGUUGAUGAGAUAAAGGUAGCUGCUAACGUUCACUCUCCGGCUCCGGCACCUAAGCCAUACUCACACCCACCCCGACAUUCACCUAAGCCACGCCCCCACCCACGUCCAGCUCCCAAGGGUCAAGUUCCGACUCCGGCUCCGGCGCCUAAGGCACACGUCCCACCUCCUGUACCACCUCCAAAAGUGUCUCCUCCGUCGCCGGCACCUCGUCUUCCGUACGUACCCCCAAGAACUCUGGUGGCUGUACAAGGAGUUGUUUACUGCAAAUCAUGCAAGUACCCAGGAGUUGAUACGCUUCUGGGUGCUACUCCAAUUGCUGGUGCAACUGUGAAGUUGCAGUGCAAUAACACCAAGUCCCCAGUAACUCAACAGGCGACUACAGACAAGAAUGGAUACUUCUUGCUGCAAGCACCGAAGAAGGUGACCACCUACGGAGUUCGCAAGUGUAAGGUGUUCUUGGUCUCAUCACCUUUGGCCUCAUGCCAACAACCAACCAAUCUUCACCAGGGAUCAACUGGGGCCGUCUUGAGGUACGAGAAGCCCAAAACCCCGAUCUCGUUCGCUCUCUACACCGUCGGGCCUCUUGCCUUCGCUCCCAAGUGCGUCAAGUGAUUGCAUCAGUGAGAAGUCAGUCACAUUGUUAGUCCUCUUUGUUUCAAAUAUUUGUAGCCAUUUUAGGGUUUAGAAUUCAUGGGUAUGUCCUAGGCAGAACUGCAGAAGUGUGUGAGAGCUUUUUUUUUUUAUGUAGUGAGUGACUACCUUUUUCUUCUUUGGUGUUUUAUGUUUAAGAAAUUAGAGAGUCGACUGGCUUUGUGACAAUAAAUGAUAUAUUUAGUGGUUGUAGAACAAUAAAAAUUACAGUGUAGACUGUAGACAUGAAUUCCUGGGU